AUGGUGGAGGCAGAGAAGACUGCUACCCUAGCACCAGCAUCGUGCGAUGCGCUGCCGAGCCCUGCUGUUCAGCGAUCAACUUCUGCGCCCUCCACAGUUGUGACCGUGGUCGAUGAUGUGGCCCAAGUUGCGACCCCAAGUGCUCAGCUGGCAGCGGCGGCUAGUCGGAUCACCUACAGUUCCCGCGGCCUCCUUGCAGAGCUUCAUCGCAUCCCUGAAGCUGCCAUUAAUUGGAGGAACCGCUGA